GAUGAUUGGUCGGUGGGAUAAGCGAAAACCAAUAAGAGAUAAGCUUACAAACUUCGGAGCAGGCUUUUUUUUGUUGCUAAGAAUUUCUGGUGUUAGAGUGGAUGCUGACUGUAUUGAACGUUUUACUGAAAUAAAAUUAAAACAUUGCUAUCGUUACGUUAUUUAUGGAUUAAGUAGUGAUCUAAAAAGGAUAGAAGUUAAAUCAGUAGCGCCCCCUACUGCAACAUAUGACCAUCCUCGAUCUAAAUUGGCAUUUUUCCUUUGGAGUCCCGAUCAGGGAGUGAAUGUAAAACAAAAAAUGCUAUACACAUCUAGUAAGGAUUAUCUCAGAAGGGGCUUUCAAGGUAUAACAACUGAAAUUCAAGCGAAUGACGAAGAAGACCUGGGAUGGUCAAACGUUCUUGAAAAUCUAAUGCGUAAAGAUGCUUAA